AUGCUAUCCCUUAGCAAUAACAGGAUCUCAUUCAUUCAUCCAUCUGCUCUGCGGAACACACCAAAUCUGAGAUAUGUUUACCUGGCAGGCAACAAUAUUCGUUCAUUUGUUGUGGGUACAAUGGCCCAACUCAAACAAAUUCAAGUGCUGGACCUUGCGUUUAACCAAUUAACUGAGAUUGAUGAAGAAACCUUCGCUGGGUUAGAGAGCUUGCAACAUCUGAACCUCGAGAGCAACAACAUUCAGGACCAUAGCUGA